AAUUUUCCCAAAUCAGUUCUCCCUCGGAAUCGGUCCCAUUCGUAUCGUCGUUGCACGGAGACAAAGCAGAGGACAACCUUCCCAGGUUUGUCCUUCCGAGUGUAGCGGGAGUCCCCCCUUCGUUCCAAGUGUGGAAAAAAAGAAGCGGAAAAGCAAAAGGACCCGAAGAAAAAUUAUCCUCAUUACUUGUGGAUAUUCUUGCAAUCGUAGCGCGUCGUCCCGGGGAUACCCACCAGUGGCAAAGUGAUAUGAAAAACUUGACCAGUGAAACAGUGAUACCUAUCCACCGUCGAACAUCGAAAACAGCAAUGAAAAACGGUCAGUGAUAAAAGUGUAACGAAAAGACCGCUUUCAACAAUGUGAAUAUCUUCAAAAGCGCCUUUCCGGCUCUCUGUGUGUGCAUUCUUUCGAAAUCAUCAUCAAGCGGUUACAUGAUUUCCAAGUGAUACAACAAUUUCGCAGGAAUUUCUAAGCUAUUGCUGCUGCUGCUGCUAGUACUUCUGCCUGUCCAUAAAGGUAACUGACUCGCGCCAACAUACGUGCCAAACGCCACAGCCGCUCGAAGGUGACAUUUGACGAAUCCACCACCACCACCGCCAGCCGCUACCAGUUCGAAAUGGAAUCCGUCGGGCACGUGACGGUGCCGCUGCGGGUCGGCGGCAAAAAGAUGCGCAAACGACGCGAACUGGACGCACUGGUUGCACAUUCACUCGCCAAAAGUUCAGGAAAACGUCACAUCGCCGGAAACGGAAUCGCCUCCCACGAUCAGCUACUGUCCAACUCAACCGACGACCAGGAAGACUACUCAUGGCAGCAGCCCAAGGUACGAACCCAGUCCCGCUGCCGGAGGAAGAGGUUCUCCUGUGUGCGCACCUGCGGCCCGCUCAUCCUAGUGUCCUGCAUCUUCCUCUCGCUCGGCUUCAUGUACUGGCUGUACUUUGACAUCAGGCAGCAGGUCUCCGAGUACCGAAUCCGCAUCGAGCAAGUUUCAGCCACUAGUCAAAAUGUGCCGGAAGCCUUACAAAAGUGGCACGAAACGUCGAAAAAUCUCGAGCAAAACCAAACGGCUCUGAACGGCAAAUUGCGCGAGAUUCAACAAGUACUGGGCAAUUUCUCCACCGAGCUCAAACAGCUCCGGGAUACGAUAGAGAAGAAGAACGAAAACUCCCAGGAAGCGCAGCUUAAUAGUCUGAAGACGAACGUGGCCGACCUUGGGUCCAAGAUUGGGGACGCCAUCACCCGGAUAACGAACCUGGAGGAGGCUGAACAGAGGGCGCAGGGCGACCAGAAGGCGUUGAGGAAGAACGUGGAAGAUUUGCAGGCCCUACUUGUCCAGAUCCGUAACAAUUCGUCUCCAACCUCUAUGGACAACACACUGAACAACGUCACCGAGCAAACCAUCGCCAACAUCCGGGAUCAGCUAUCGGCCCAGAUCGAAAACAUGUCGCAGAACUUCACCGGCGAGCUGCAGGCCCUGAAGCAGAAGAACGUCUGGCUUGUCAACGAUCUGGCCAGCCACAAAGUCAACAUCGACGAGUUGACUGAAAAUUCUGCCAACAUUUCCUCGCACGUCAAAUCGGUCGAGAACAUCUGGGUGGAGAUGAAGACCAAUCUGACCAGUUUGGAGGGCAGUGCCAAGCAGAUAGCAGACCAGAUCGACCUGCUGCAGAAUGUAACCAGCGGACUGAAGGGAAGUCUGGGAACGGUUCGAGAAGAGUGUGAUCGAUACGGUGGACAGAACAGCGCGAUAACCAGUGAAAUACAAGCGAUCAAGGAACGACUGGAGAAGGCGGAGGAGAAGCAAGUGCCACCGACAACGGCCACGACCACCACUACUGCGAACGCUUCGGAGGCUGAGAAGGACGUCAUUCCGAAAAAGCUCAUCAGAUUGUUCGAUAAUUCACCGACCCAGACAACUCAGCCGCAGGCCGUCGAACCGAUAGCGCCUACAAGUCGGCAAUUGGUGCAAACGGUAUCGGCGCAGCAACCCUCGGUGGUGCCAUCUACCGGUAGCACAUCCACAACUACGAUCGCUAGUCCCAGUUUAAACAAAAAGGCGGAACCCAGUUUGACCGGUGGAAUGUAAAGAACAAGAUAUAGAGGGAUAAUUAUUAUGGGUUUGACGCCACCAUGUUGUGUCAGUUUUGCCAAUUUGUAACUCUUUCCAUACACACAAACACAUCUACAGAAGAACAGAAACAAAAACAGUAAAAUGUAUUUACGAGAACGCUAAGAGCGAGUUGUUUGAAUGAAAUACUUAGGGAAACUUAUAAGAUUAGGUAAAGAGCCAAUGCAAAUUGAAACCUGUUGAUUAAGUUUUAGCGUUGCGAACCAAAGUUGUGUUUAUUUAAUAUUUUUAUGUUUUAUUUAAGAGUGUAGGAGCGAGUACGGUAGUUAACUAUGGCACUGAUUAUUUUUUCCCUGAAAGUUGAAAAUAGAUUUUUUUUUAAAUUAAGAUACGAGGGCAGCCUAUGAUAUUCAAGCAACAACUACACAGUAGAUCACAGAUUCUAGUUCACGUAGAGGAUAACAGUAACAUCAUCAACAAUAAUAAGAAAACAAAUCAAAGUUAAGAUCCAAGGAGAGAUUACAAUGUUUACUUUGAAUAUUUAGCUAACCAAACAAAGGAUCCCAGUUAGUGAAAGUCGAAUUCAAUUUUAGCAACAUCGAACUUCUAUAUUUCAAUCAAAUUCUACUGUAGGCAAACAAGAGUAUAAAGAGAGUUUUUUCCUGUUAUGUGAGAGUACCUAAUGUAAACCUGUAAAUGAUUAUAAGACGAGAAUCAUGUAAACCACAAAUUGAUGAUUCUAGGAAGCUAGAUCUUAGAUACCAUAAUAUAAACAAAUUGUCCGCAAAAAACAAGAAAGUUUCACGAUGACCCCGCGCACUAUCCUCCUACUCACACAGACACUUUGUUGUGACAAAACCAGAAGCAGCUAUUUCGCAAAAACCUUUAGACACACGAAUUACAGAGCUUAUCCAAUUCGAUACUCAGUCACCUAUUAGGAUGCACUAACUGGCAUUUCACUUCCAUUUUCUCUUUCCGCGCAAUAAAAAAAAACUUUAACAAACUGAAGCGACUGUUAGAAAUUAAAAUGCUUACAUUACACACAGUGCUCUUUUGAUUCGCGCACAUUAGUGAAAUGAAUUUGCUAAAAAAAAAGUGAGAUAAACCUUUUGUACUUAGUUGAAUGCAUCAUUUCGGUGAAGUUUUGUAUGCAAACCCGAAGGUUACAUUUGUGUAAGGCACCAAGACACACACAGAAACAUACACAGAGUAGGUGCACACACCGCAACCAAAUUCAGUAAUUUACAUUAUCUGUAGAUACCUUUCGUAAAAUUCAUCUGCUGCGCUGCUUGAUUCAGUGAGCAAAAAUAUAACAGAAAACAGAAAAACA